AUGGCUCGAGACCCUGCUCAGAGAAAGUCAGUCAUUCCAAGACUGGCUUUCUCGAAUCUUAAGCGACUGCAUGAGCUCAAACAUGCCCAUUCUGGUGAAACGGCGCAAGAAAAGGCUCCCCAUCCUCAAGAUGACUCCAACUCCGCAAUCCCUGAAGCUACCCCCGCAACAACACCCGAUACAAACAUGGAUCCCAUAUUCCUAGGCGAAGACUUCUCAGCCCUACUAAAACUCCCCCUCAUCAGCAGCCAAGAGAAUCUCUGGAUCGACCUAUGGCAGAGCCCGGAUGAAGCUGGCGAUAAACCGAAUCCUCUCGAUGAGCAAUAUCUGAGCUCGCUGAAAUCCUUCGUUGGUCUUCGUUGCCUGCGGGUUACGGGCAUGCUCAAGUCGUACCAGAAGCAGCUUUUUCAGGCGAUUUGGAAAAUGGAGCAGCUGGAAGACCUGCAGUUGAGAAUGGCGGAAGAGCCGCGUCUGGCGUCUGGGGUGCAUUGGCGACGUAUUGAAGAAGGGUGGUUGCCUAGAAUGCAGGAGGUUCAUGCGUACAUUUCACCGGGAAAUGGCAAAGGGCGUAUCAAGAAGCAAUACGGCAACGCCGAAUACCUCGACAACUGCGUGAUAGAACUAGCAAAACCCAAACUCAGCCAGAAGCAUCCAGAGUACGAAACCUGGAUGGCACGACUGCUACCACUGGUGCAUCUCACGUUGCGCGGCUUCGUUGUCGACGCCAUCCCGUUCUGCAGCUGCUUUGAUGCACAGAAACUGCGUUCAAUCACAUUCGCCGACUGCUAUGAUGCCGGUUUCUAUCUCCCGCAUGAGGUAGAUAUGGAUAAGUUUGAAAUUCGUGUAGAUGAGUUGAAGACGGCGAGGACGGAGUCUAUUCGGCGGCUUUGUUCGGAUGAGGAGCUCAAGCAUAUUACUCUGAAGGAUGGGAAGAUGGUUGAGGAGCAUCAUGUCAAUGAGUCAUCCACAUCUUCAUCCUUUUCAAAUAAGGGUAAACAACAAGGUACAGACAUGGCCCCAGCUGCUUCAUCCAGACAUAUUGGCAGAACAUCGCGGCAUCCGUGGCACUUUCGCAGUCAUGUCUUCAAUGCUGUUAUUGAAGACGACGAGGGAGAAGACUGA